AUGAUUUUAUUCAAGGAUCUUUUAGCAAAAUUUGUGCCGUUCGACAAGCCACAUUCGCAAUCACACGCACUUGUAAAACUUAAUAUAUAUUCCAUCAUGCAAAUCAUCUCCUUCUGUCUAUUCGCUCUUCUCUGUAGUUAUUCAUUGGUUAUCGCUGCUCCUAUUAAACCUACUGUACCUGCGACACAAGAUGCUAAACACCAAAAGGCACAUGAAAUUGCCAAUCGUCUCUUGAAAGAACUUGCCGGAGGACAUGUUGAGUCUGAAACACCCGCUCAAUCAUCAAACGACAAAGAGGAAAAAGAACAUAAAGAUGCUUCACUUCCAGCAGUCAAUCGUCCAGUGACAGAAAAAGUGGAAACACAUGUCGAAAAACCAGUUGUUGAUGACAGUUAUGAUGAAGAUAAUCAAGAUCUCGAAUUAACACCAACACUCGAUGAUUUAUACGAAAUGUAUAAUAACAAUUAUCUUCAAUUAUAUGAUGAUGAUGAAUCAUCGGAAGUUAUCGAUGAUGAUGAAAACGAGGAUGAUGAUGAAGAUUAUCUUCUUCCAAUCAGUAGACAAGAUCUUUUUAAAUAUUUAGACAAUCAAGAAGAAAAUGAACAUUUCACAAAUGUUCCACAUGAGGAUAUUAUGGACGAUACUGUAAUGACCGCUGAAGAUCAUCAACGCCGACGACGUUCAAUUUAUUAA